AUCCCAAGAAAUUUCAAGGCUCUUCCCCAAUGAAGCACAGGAGGUUUAUUUUACGCCAUAUACCAAGUCUAGUUCCAAUCUGAGGAAACAAGCACCAAGGGGAAAACUCUGGUCGAGAUAUAUUCAUGUUAAAGCUGGCCUGAGAUUGGCCGAAAAAUUUUCAAAUAAUUAUAAAUCAGAAGAACAUGCAUCAUUAUUGACAGAACCUUCUGAAGAAGUUAUUUCAAGUUUGAAAUUAUUAGAAUCAGACGCAACUGAUUUCCCAAGAUAGUUGCUGGCGUGGAAAGCAACUUUCGAAGAGAGAAGGGAUUUCAUUCUUAAAGAAGAUAUACUGAAUAUACUUAUAAAGUAUCCAAUAUUGAGAACCCAGAACGGUAUUCAGUUGUUCGAAUCUGACUUCGAUAGACAAAACCCUGGAGAAAUAGACAUUGUAUACAAAGAAUGGCCUAAAGUAGCGGAAGCUAUUAUUGACGAGUGCAAAGAUAGGAAAAUUGAUAUUGGAUCCGAAUUACAUGAUAGAUCCACAAAAGCAUUACUGAAGCUGCCAUAUCUUUAUCCCAUGAUAACCUUGAGAAACCAAGGUAAAACCUGGAGACCAACAAGACUCGAGUGCCAGGAAAGUUUUUUUGUCAGUGUAGAGGUAUGUUGACUAUAUGAACAAGUUGAAUCUCAGGAUUUAUUUGUCGCUAUAUUAUGAAAUAAUUUAUUUGUUAGUUUAUGUUUGAAAUAUUCUCUCAGAGAAAAAAUGUGAUAAUUAGCAACAAUAAAAUAUCUUGUUAUAAUAUUAUUUAUUUUAUUAGUAUUUCCACCAAAUAAUGUUGAAGUAGUCAUUGGAGAUAAUAUUCUUCUCAUGAAAUGAAUUCAAUACUGCUGAUUUAAUACAUAAAGCGCAAAAAAUUAUUGGAAAUUUAGUGCAUUACAGUUUACAAAGCAAUUGCACAAUUUGCAGGUAAUUGAAAUUCUGUUAUUAACAAUUCGAGAUAAUUAAAUAAAGUUCCAGUGUUAGUUAUGUCAAUUUAGGUCAUUUUUACAUCAUGGUUUAUUGAUCAAUAUGAUAGAAUCACAAUUUGAAAAUAGAGUUGAUAUAUGUUUUGCAGGUUGGUUUUAAUGUUCGACAAUGGUCUGUCACGCAUGCGUGAAUUGUUUAUAUCUGUAAAUCCGUAGAUGUUUCAUCACAGAAUAAACUAUAUUUUUAUCAUUUAUGCACUCUCAUAUAUUAUGGUUAAACUCAUCCGACUGCCUUUGUCAACUUCCGCUCUUAGUUAAUUUAUUUAACUGCAAUGGCCCUGACUGCACCAAUGUGACAGAAAAAAUUUAAUUGGUCAAUGUUUUCUGUUACAUUGAAUCAUUCUACCAUGGCAGUUAAGAAUUAAUUAAAAUGGCAAAUGAAGCUGAUAAAGCCAUUCAGAUGAGAUAACAAGGACUACAAAAUAGGUUUACUACGGCAGUAAAAGGUAGAUAUCCAAUGUUACUAUGAUAGUGAGAAAAAGUUACAAGUGCAGUUAUACUAGAUUACUAAGAUAGUAAUACACACUCACAAACGCAGUUAUUUAAGUCUACUGAGAUAGUGAAAUCAGUUUCAAAACCAGUUAUAUAAAAUGACUAACGUAGUGAAACGGUGUUACAAACACAGUCAUAUGAGGAUACUGAGUUAAUGAGAAAAAGUUACUGAGGCAAUUGAGAACUUAACAGAAGCAAGUAAACGGGUUUACAACCACAAUGAAAUAAUGUAAUAAUAGUAGUAAAACUAGAAGUACAACUGCGGUCUCAUCACUUUAAUACUUGUGGUAAAACGGUCUUAUUCCUGUUAUGAAGAGUUAAAUCAUAUAGCCAUUAUUAACUAAAUCGCAGUAAACCAAGAUGAACUCUGAGAAUUAGAAUGUUUUGUUGAGGCAUAUAGUAUAUGAAUUUUCUCAUUGCUGGUAUUAUAUUUUUCUUUCAGUGUACACUAUUACAAAAAUAUACAGAGUACAAAAUUACAACAGCAGAGGAAUUACCGCAAGACUAAAUUGCGCGACAAGCAAUUUAUUAAUUUAACUUCUAUCGGGAAGUGUGCGAAACCUAUUUGACGAACAACUGUGUAACAAAAGAUGGACUGAAUGAAGAUGGUACUUCGAAGAUAGUGGAAAUAGAUGAAUCAAAGUUUUUCCACGAUAAUUUAUUUCCUACACUAUUACAAAAAUAUACAGAGUACAAAAUUAGAACAGCAGAGGAAUUACCUUCUGAAUAGUCUUCCGUUCUGACGUCUGAACUGGGUUGAGCUCCCUUCUGUUCUGCCUUCUGAACUGAACUUGCUUAGAGAUAGAGGGAGACUUACGAGAGUGUUUUGAGAAUAAACGAUUAAAAUCAUCAUCUGUGUAUUAGUGAAUACUCUGUAUUUGAAAAAACCCAUAUAUAUCCAACAAAAAUCGGUAAAUAAAUGCAUUACGUCCUGGAUAUAAGCCACCAAAUAGGAAUUCUGUUUCAACAGACUUGCUUGAUAAGGUUUAUAAUUCGGUACAAACAACAAUUAAAGAAAAUGUAUGCAACAAGAGGGUCUGUUUAGCGAUUGACGGCUGGAGCAACAUUCAUAAUGAACCUAUAAUAGGCGUAUGUGUCACAGAUAUAGAGAGUGAACGGGUGCAUCUGAGUCCAUUGAUACGAGUGGGAAUAGUCACACUUCCGAAUAUUUAUUACAGCUACUCAAGAAUUCUAUUAUGAAAUGUGAAGAAUAUAAUUGUAAGGUAACUAGCAUAGUCACAGAUAACGCUGCAAAUGUGACCAAAAUGAGAAGGGAUCUCUUUGAAGAAUUAGACAGGAAAGACGUAAUAACUUAUGGUUGUUCAGCUCAUAUGUUGAACCUACUUGCCCAUGAUAUAGAAGUGCCAGGAAUAAACGGUAAUAUCAAAAAAAUUUGUAAAUAUUUCAGAAAUGUACAUUUUGCUAGCGCAAAAUUCCGAAAAGCUGGUGAUUCUGCUCUUGUAUUGCCUCAGGAUUUGCUUUGGAUAAAGUCCAAAGAAACACUUGCACUAGGUAUAGGAGAGGCUACAGAGAUAUGGCUAGAACUUUUGGAAGCAUUCGAGACUGAACAAGCAAAUGGAGAAUUUGCUUGUUCAGUAAGUUACACAAAUAAAGUCAAGGAGCGUAUGGAAAUGGCUUUGACCCCAGCUCAUUUUUUGGCAAAUUUGCUUGAUCAUCGCUUUAGAGGAAAUAAACUCAGUCAAGAGCAAAUAGAAACUGGCAUGGAAUAUGUAGAAACCUAUCAUCCAGAAGCAUUACCGAUUAUUAUUAAUUACCAGGCAAAGUGUGCACCCUUCAAACCAUAUCUCUUUUCUGAAUAUCUAAUUAAGAAUGAUAAAGUAAAACCAUUGGCAUGGUGGUGUUCUAUAAAAAAUAUAAAUACGACAGCACUGGAACUUGCUCAACAACUUCAUUCAGCUAUUGCAUCGUCAGCCAACAUAGAAAGACUCUUCUCAUCAUACGGUUUAGUCCAUUCAAAAUUACGUAAUCGGCUAGGCAAUGCCAAAGCGGCUAAGUUGGUUUCAAUUUUUAAAGAGCUCAAUUCCAUCAGUGAUGACGUGACUGAUCAGAUUGAUGAUUAUAAGAGUGAGACUGAAAAAGUGUGAGAAAUUUGUUAACGGUUUUAUGUUUUAGUUUUAUGCAAAAAUAAAAUAUUUUGUGUUUUUCAAUUUUUGUUAUGUUCCUUAUUCCUAUUAUUAAUGAAUAAAAAUAAUAUGUAUGUUAAAAGGUUUAUAUAAUGUGUUUUGUAUUUGAAAAUGUUUCCUAUUUUUAAAUGUUUCAAGUUUUCCAAUUUUUGUUUUGUUCCUAUUAAUAAAAACUAAAUAAAUAUAAGUAUGUUGAGAAGUUUGUAUAAUGUAUUUGAGAAUUUUUCCUUUUUUUAUUCAUUAUAUUAAUGAAGAAAAUAAAAAAAAAACGCUUGUUUGAUUUAAGUGUUUCGAACAUGUUUUGAACUGUUUUAAACAAAAACUGUUUCAAACCUAAGCAAAUGUUUAAAACAGUUGAUUACAACAAAAUGUUUAAAACGAAACAACCCUGAUUUACACUAGUACAGAAUGUGCAUAGUCAUAACACCCGAGGUAGAGGUACCAUCAGAAGUGAACUCAGGUUUACGAGGAAAGCCCAGGACUCCCCAAUUUACCGAGCAAUAGAAGCAUUUAACCAAAUACCACCAGAAAUAAAGUAUAUAAGAACUAAAAAAAACUUUAAUAUUAAGCUUAAGUUGUACCUGAAAGAUUUAUUUUGUUUAGUUUAACUUUGUUGUUGUUUUGAAUAUUAUAUAGUAUUAUUUUUUUGUAUAUUGUUAAAUAGGCCUUGUCACCAGUACUUGUACUGUAUUAGAGGUCAAGAAUAAAGAAGUAAAUAAAUAAAUAAAUAAAUAUGAAGAAUUCUAACAUUGCAGUUUCAACUAUAACUUUCAAAAUUGGAACCAAUUUGCCAGCCAUUCAAUGGAGGUGUAAAAUACUUUGAAAAAUCACUAUUCAUUGAAACUUCCCAUGUCAUGAAUGAAUGAUAAAACUUGUAUGAAAAAUGUAGAUACCUUUUAGUUCACUCAAGUUACUAAUCCUCUAACCGUUAUGGAAUGUUUUUAUACCGUUUGCUAAUAAG